AUGGCUUCGAUUUCACUGCCGCCGUCCCAGGGCUUCCCGCAUUUCGAUCCUCAACCCAACGCCCCCGGCAAUCGUCACAGCAUGGGCUCUCCGUUGCCUAAUCCCCCAUUCGUAUUUCCAGCACGGGACCCCGACGCCCCCGAGACUCAAUCAGAGACCCCUGAGCGUCGGGACCGGCCCGCACUGCCGGCAUUCUCUUUUAAUCCUGGCUCUGAGCAGUCGUCGCACCUUUCCGCACCGUCUAUUUCGAAUCGAGCCGGUGGACAUCGUCGACGUCCAAGUGAGUUUGUGGGUGGCGAUCAUCUAGUGACUCCAGAAACCGUCGGAGGUGAUAAACGGGAAGAAUCUUCCGUGGGAGCGCAACCGGCUCUGCCGCCUCCAGGGCCAGGUGUAGGGAGAGCUCCAGGACGCCGAGGCCAUGCUCAUCGCCGUUCCGCUGCAAUCUCUAAUGUCGAUUUGAAUGCAAUCACCAAGGCGCUCGGUCCCAAUGCUGGGGCUGGAAGUGCGCCUUGUACGCCUGCUGAUCCUCAGCACAAGAGCGAGUCUCCUGCACGACCAGUUUCUCAAUGCAUGAGUCUCGGUCGCCCUACACCCCCAGCAUCUCCUCAAUUCCCGCCUUCUCCUUCGAUUCCUCCCGUACCUCCGAUUCCAGCUGAUCUCCAAGCCGAAGUCGCCGCCAACAUCCAAGCCCCUGACACUGGACGCCCGGUAUCUGCAAUCUCACAUCAAACCUCAGAUAGUGCGGCCACGAUCAAAUUCCAGCAGCUUGAAAGGCCUGUUUACACAGACCGUGUGACACCGCGACCGAAUAACAAGCCAAAGCCGAGGCCGAAAACUGCCGACGCAUCUUUAGCUAUUGAUUUCAUGCAAAUGGACGAUCCAGCAGAAGUGUCUUCAAUUAAACGCUCGCAUUCGGCAGCCGGUCAUUCACGCGCUCGAAAAAGCAAGUCAACGCCGCAUCUCGAUUCUACCCUUUCACCCGAUGAUGCCCACUCGACAGACCAUUCCCGGCCUUCCAUUUCUGAUGAUGGGUUCGAAACAUCCGAAGACGAGGCGACGGAACACACGAUGUCCGAUAAAACAACCAUCAAGUCGAAAAAGAAGAAGCAGAAGCGGGUUCGCACUUGGGCCGGCUCGAUUCUAACUCGCACUAAGAGCAAGAGUAAGCGCCAUGCGAAGCACGACAAACAAGAAGAAAGAACCGAAGCAGAGGAUAAACCGCCCGCGCCUCGAGUACUCGCACCUCGCCCUCCUGCUCUCACUCGGACCAAUUCAGAGGCCGGAUCCGCGCUUGAUGUCGAUUUUGACAAUGACGACGUUGUUGUCAUCCGGACUCCCACCAACCCAACCAUGCCUCCUUCUGCUCUCGAACCCGUUCAAAACAGUCGUCCUUCGGUACCUCCUGUAUCUACCCUCGAGACCUCCUGGAAACCUAGGAGCUUCUAUGAGCAGGAGACCGGUCCGCAUGAUAACAUCCUGAGUAGCCCAAUCAUUGACCUUGACGCUGCACUGGGACCGUUCAAUACUCCCGACAUGCGCCCAGGUGGCCAGGGUGCGAACAACAACAAGUUUUCAGUGGCAACUCAGCGUAUGUACAGUGGUGGCAGGCGUGGCGAAUUUGUUGGCCCAGAGAUGCGUUACCACCGUCGCGCGGAAAGCGCCCCAGUGAUGCCUCCAUUCGACCGCAGCGCUCUAGGUCCCUUCCGUCUUGGUCCUAAUAAUACAGUUGAGACUCCGGAUGUGUUUGACGAGGAGGAAGAGGACGCUUUCCUGGCUGCAUCGCAAUCUCCCAGGAAUGAACGCCCCCCAGCUCUCACUUUACCUGUCAAGAAAGCAACUAUCCCGACACCCGAACUUGAUAAGAAGUCGGUUCAUAGCAAUGAUACCUCCGAUACCGAGGACACCACGCGUGCGCCCGCUACUCACAACCAGCUCGACAAACCAGAAUCGCCUGAAAAUGCUGGUCUUGGUAUUCGGCCUAAUGAUCAAUUUGCAAACGAACAAGAACCAGAGCAGGCACCUGCGCUCUGUGAAGCUCAGGUUGCUAGCAAUCCAUUUGCCAGCAAGCCUCGAAGCCCGGUGGAAAUCUUGAAAGCAGAAGAGCCUACAUCUAGAAGUAUGGGGCCACCCAGCCCUGACGUUUCGCCUCGCUUCUUGGCUGUUGACAAGCGACCUUCUACGUCUCCUAUUGAGUUGAUGCCUAGCAUUCCGCCUUUCUCUCUCCACUCAGGAGUUUCGCCAUCUGAGUCGUCUUUCCCAUCUCCAGAUGCCCCCCGAUCAAUUGCGGCAUCCUCGAUGACUGACCGGCAUUACUCACACUCUUAUCAUCACCUUCCCUCGGACUACCCUUAUGCAUCAGUCGAAGAUGUACCAUCUUUGACUAGCAGUGCAUCCACCAUGACCAACACACUGAACCGUUUCUCGGCAGCUUCCUUCUUCCCGCGUGCUCGUCUUUCCACCGACCGAGCAGCUUCGUUUUCUGGUGCUGGGACUCGCCGUACCAGUCAGGCUAACGCCUCCAAGCGCACUAGCCUAGCUAGUCUUUCCAAACUGGUUGGUGGCCCCCAUUCCGAGCGGAGCAAGCUGAACCAGGAGGAGAAACCCCCUGGCGAUGCCUCUGAAAAGUCGAAGAAGAAGGGCCGGCGCCUCAGCCGACUUAUGCACUUCUGGAAGGUCAAAGACAAAGAUCGGCCUUCCACUGAAGCAGCAGCAAAUGAGCGACCCCAGUCGUGA